UUCAGUAUUAACAGGAUGAGAGGAUACCAUGGGGAAGGCAGCCAAUUACAGCCUCCAUGUCAUUGCAUCCCAGAAACACGAGAGAGAGCAUUGGAUUUCCCUCAUCGCGGCCCAGACUUUCGCAAGUCCUAUCCCCGCAGCACCUCUGAGUCUUGUUCCCUUGAUCUGCACUAUUGCCCUUCUAGGAGUGCCGGCGUGACAUCAGAUUGCCCUGGUGGUCCUGUGAGCAUGCCUGAGCCACGGUCCUCCAGUGGUGGUACUUACCCCAGAAUGCACCACAACCCUCAACAGUUCGACUGUGAUGAAUGUAUGGCUGCCAUUGCUCAUACCUCCAGCAAGAUAAAUCGCUUGCCACCAACUUUGUUAGAUCAGUUUGAGAAACAGCUACCCCUGAACCAUGAUGGCUUCCAUACCUUGCAGUACCAGCGAACCAGCACCACAGAGCAGCGCAGUGAGAGUCCAAGUCGCAUUCGCCACCUUGUGCACUCAGUCCAAAAAUUGUUUGCCAAAUCACACUCCCUGGAGACACCUUCUAAGAGAGAAUACAAUGGCACCAGGUAUGAAGGACGUGGAGGAGAAGGCUACCAGCACUCCCAGUCUCGACACAGUAAAAGGAGUAAAAGUAAAGAUCGCAAGUCUGAACCUAAGCACCGAGCAAAGAUGGCAGGGUGGUGGAGCUCUGAUGACAACCUUGACAGUGACAGCAGUUUCCUGGUGUCAGCUCGUCAUGCCAUGGAGCAUGGAGCUCCCUUUGGAGUGGACACUCCUGAAAGUGCCUUCAGAGACUUAACCUUGAAGAGUCUGAAAGGUGGAGGUGGAGAGGGCAAAUGCCUUGCUUGUGCUGGAAUGUCUAUGUCCCUUGAUGGGCAAACACUUAAAAGGAGCACGUGGCACACAAUGACCGUCAGUCAGGCACGAGAAGCCUAUCCCAGCUCAGGCAGCCAUCACCAGGACAAGAUGCUUAUGCUUCAGGAGGCCAAGGGAAAAGAGCGAGGCUACCACUACUUACAGGUACCACCCGAUGAGUGGGGAGGAUAUCCUGCAACUGGGAAAGAAGGAGAAAUACCAUGCCGAAGGAUGAGAAGUGGCAGCUACAUAAAAGCCAUGGGGGAUGAUGACAGUGGGGACUCUGACACCAGCACCAAAAUGUCACCCAAAGGUGCUACUCGACGGGAGAAAUGCCGCAGAUCUUCAAGUGUUGACCAUCCCAGAAACAAGUUUCCAUGUAAGCGAUAUUCUGACUCAUGUCUCUGUAACUGUCCCAGCUGCUGCACUCCACCUAAAAUUCAUCCAAAGGGACAUGGCUACGGUCUCUCUCUCACGGGUCAGGUUAAGGGUGAACUAAACCACCAAUCAGGGGCCACAUGUGAAUCGGUGUUCAGCGAAGUGGAGUCCCAUGCUGUUGAAGCUUUGGAUCUCCCUGGCUGUUUCCGAAUGCGCAGUCACAGCUACCUCCGUGCCAUCCAGGCUGGCUGCUCCCAAGAUGAUGACUGCAUCUCUGUCUUCUCCAUGUCUGGUCCAUCAGGACAAACCCUUGCCAGCAGCAUUCUCAAACCCAACACUUCAUCAUCACUGCCAAAUCAAAGGUCCCCCAUGAGGUCUGUAUUGUCACCGCCUCAAAGAAGUGGUACAUUAGUAACAUAUAGUACCACAUCAGUAGAAGGAGAUACAGAAGAUCAGGAGCUAGAAAGCAGAAGAUGUCAAGGAAUGAUUAUGAAUCCUUAUCUUGAGCACUGGUCCCCAACAAAGGAAGAAGUGCGGGUAUCUCUUACUGUAGGGAGGCAGAUCAAACAGUCCUUCAGGCGUGUGUCUCCAGGUCCACUAGCCUCUUCCACUGAAGACCCUCUCUGCUACCUUUCUGCACACACAGGUUGGGGGGAUGAGAGUGACUCAGAUAUUCCACCAUCUGACAGGGUACCUGAGUCAGCAGAGUCUACGCAGUCUGAGAGAGAUGGAGGCAGUCAGCAAACAGAGAUUGGCUCUUUACCUGGAGGAAUGGUUUGGCCCUUGAUGCAAGACCACAGAAAAGAUAAUAAUGGGGAAGAAGACCACCAGCUGGCUUCAUCUCAGCGCAGUGAGCAUAGUUGUAAUGAAUCUCUUCUGUCUUCUGAGUAUCCUGAGGGGGACCAGGCCUCUAGUGCCACAAUGCCAAGAAGACUUGGACGCCCUCGUGCUAAAGAUGACAGAAGAGCUCGUUGGAGAGCUAGUCUCCAUCGACUUUUACAAUUAGAGAAAUUAAGAGACCAAUUAUACCGUCAAGAAUUGGCUUUAAAAGAAGAAGAAAUGACCCGUCAGCGGGAGGAGAGAGCAAGGGAUAGAGAGCUUCAUCGUCAGCUUCUUGGUGUGUUAGGUGACAUUCGAGAUGAACUUAGAAAAAGAAGGCAAGAGAGAGCUAUUGCCCAAGAAGGUCAUGGUCCUGAAGGGAGGGGAACACCAUCCAGUGGCACUGCAACUACUACCCGAAGGGCUCGUGGAGGACUAACACGUCCUAGAGGGACACGUAUUUCUUCAGUUUCAGCCACUCUGCCCUGUUCUUUUGCUCAGUUCUUUCUUCAGGAUCCAAGAACUGGGUCUUCUGUGCCAAGCACUAUGGCCAGAGGUAGCACCGAGAACCCCACGUGGGCAGGAAGCCGACUUAUCGGCCCUCUGCGCAGAAGAGGACAACCUCGAGGCCGUCCUCGUGUCCAUCCCAAACCAGUAAUGGGGGAUACCCAUGGAUAA